GCAAUUCCAGCCUAACAUGCAGAUGUCGGUGCCUGCACCUGUUGCGCCUGUGCCACCACCAAACAUGGCAGCACCAAUACCCCCGCCAGUAUGGAGCACUUCAAGCGGUUCACAUAUCAAUUCAAAUCCUACACAAUCUUUGUCAAUGGGUGUUCCUCCACCGUCAACAACAAUGAUGGCAGCUGCACCCCCACCUCCUCCACCAACUAACAGCAAUCUAUCAACAAAUAUGGGUAACAUGCCAUGGCUGCAGCAAGGAUCAGUUCCACCACCACCACCAUCAUCACAGUCACAGUGGCAAGCUGCACCUCCCCCUCCUCCAGCCAGUAUGUCAAUGCCAUGGCAGCAAGUGCCGCCUCCAGCUAUGCAGUCAAUGCCAAACCCAGUAGCUCCUCCCCCACCACCACCAUCAUCGGGACAGGGCUUCAGUAUGCCUCCACCACCACCAGGACCUGGAGGAUUUGAUCCUAACCAGAUGUCUGGUGUAAAUCCCCUUCUAGUAGCUCCUCCUCCGCCACCACCAAACUGACAGUAAACUAAACAAAAGGCAAAACAGAAUUGUAAAUAGUGUGAUACAGUGUACAAAAACAUUAUCUCCAAUGUGGUGAUAAAAGUGUGAUGAUACAGGAAACUUUAAGGAUACUUCAUCUUAGAUCAUGAGCUUUAAAAUCAUUAGCUUUAAAAGUCAGACUUGAGAAAAAUAUAUUGAUGCUUAGUUAAAUAAAAGUAUAGGUACUUUGAA